AUGGACUCCUUCAUCCACCACAUCCCCCGAGACAUGCCCCCCAUCUUCGCCGGCGACCCAAUCCCCGCCCCUUACACAACCCCCUCCCUCACAGCCAACCUCAUCCUCCGCGUCCUCCUCAGCAUCAUCGCCAAUAUCAUCUGCCUCGUGCCCCUCCGCCUCCUCUACCGCAACGGCGAGCUCGCCGCCGCCCUCUUCAUCCUCAACAUCGAGAUCCAGAACCUGCGCACCGCCGUCAACGCCCUCCUCUGGCGCAACGACAACCUGCAGUCCUGGUGGCCCGGCUACGGCCUGUGCGACGUCGACCCCUAUGUGCACAACCUGGCCAUCGGCCUCUAUUCCACCUGUCUGCUGGCCAUCAUGCGGAACCUGGCCCUCCAGGUCGGCAGCCUCCGGGCGAACCCGCUCACCCGGAGGGAGAAGCGCCGCCGGAACUUGAUCCAGGGCCUCAUCGUCUUCCCGCUGCCGCUGCUGCAGGCCGCCUGGACGUAUCCUCUUACACAGCAGCGAUACUACAUUGGCACCUUGAUUGGGUGUUCCUGGUUGAACGCCCCUACUUGGCCAUACGUGGUGUUUGUAAUCCUCCCACCGGCACUUGUCUCUCUUGCCACGGCUGGAUAUGCCAUCCUCGUCUACAUCCGCUUCCGCCAAAUCACAAAAACAACCCAAUCCGCCCUCUCCAACAACCGCCUCGCCCAGUCCCGCAACCAGCGCGCCCGCCGCCGCCUCUACCUCAUGGUCAUCUCCAUCCUCACCCCCUUCCUCCCCAUCGUCCUCGCCCUGACCGUCAUCAACAUCGUCCUCGCCAACCCACUUCAGCCCUUUGACUUCCACGCUAUCCACAACCACGACGGGCCCGGACAGAUCCCCUGGAACGCCAUCGUCUACUUGCCCAGCACCAGCAUCUCGUGGGCGUACAUGAACAUCUGCUACAUUCCGAUCGUCACCGCCGUCCCCGUCUUUGUCUUCUUUGGAAUGACAAAGGAUGCGAUGAACUGCUAUCGCGUUGUUCUCUUGGCCGCCGGGUUGGGAAAGCUGUUUUCGCGGCUUUAUGAGGAGUAUAAUCCGGACUCGAGAGCAAUGGCCUCACUCUCCAACGGCGGCUCGAGCAACUACACCACAUCUUCAAGGUAA